UUUAUAAACCUGUAUACUUAAACCUCAGAGCGAUAAGAAGAAUUAUUGAAAAUAUAAAAUUGACGUAUUUUAUGUAGUUCACAUGUUUGAUAACAGUUCAAUUGCAUUUUUCUUGAGGUUUUCGGCCAAGCACUGCUUAUAAUGUCGAGCCUCGGAAUAUUAUUUAUAGUUACACUAUCGAUUAUUGGAUCAUUAAACACUGUAGAAAGUGCUAAUAAUAAAGCCGCAGACUUAAAUACAGUUUUAAACUUUCUACAACAGCUUAAACAGUCUUCUGAUUCGACUACUGAUUCUGAUGACAACACAGACGACUAUUUCACUGAAAUAGACAAAGCUAACAAUCGCGAUGAAAUGUUAGAAAAAGAAAGAAUAAUUGAUUUAAUAGAAAAAGUUGCUAAAGAAAAUAGUAAUAAGGUUCAAGAUAAUAAUCGUAUAGAAAAAUCUGAUAGAAAUCAGUUAAGUCAAAAUGAUAAACUUGGUGACGCGUUUGAUAAUACUGUACAAACGCAAAUAUUAGCGAAGUUACUAUCUCAAGACAUGAAUAAAGAAAUUAAAACGAAACCUAGGAUCAAACCCAAUCGCUUGGUACCGACUGUGUCUGUCAAUGAAGUUGAUAGAAAUGACAAUGUCGUCACUGGAUUAGAAGAUUAUUCGAAAAUAUAUGUGGUUUUGAAUCCACAAGCUGUUGAUAGGAGUAAGAAUAAGAAUGCUUUUAAUGAACUGAUUUCGAAAAUACUCUCUUUGUCUUCUUUGACGUCAAAAAAAGAUAAUCAAAGGCAACGAAAGCCUCGUCGCUAUAAAGGUUUUCUUGUCAAAGAAGAUAUGCCCCAAAGAAGAUUCAGGCAAGCCAUGGCCAACCGUGCUCGAAGGUAUAAUCAAAACAGGCAAUUGAGACGAAACAUUGGUUAUUACCCUGCUCGUACCGCCGGCCCGUCCGAAUAGAACAGAGCCAUCUAUGAACAGGAUGAUGAAUCACUUUUAGUUGCAAUUGGCAAGUAAAUAUAUUACGUAAUAAAUUGUUCCACUGAAAUAAAG